CUCUAAAACCCAGUUUGAUCUAGCUGAAAUUUCAAAAGGGUGCUGUUUUUUUCGUGAAAAAAGUUUGAUCUUUAUUAUAACUUAGUUUAAUUUUAGAAGAAGUAUUGGUAUUUUGUGAAAAGAUUUAAUCUUUUUUAUAACGUAGCUUAUUUUAAGAAGUAAGAUUAUGUGAAAAGUGUUGUUAUUAUGUGAAAAGUUUUUAUUUUGGUCCGUUUUAUUAAAAAAAGUUGCAUCUUUUAUGCAAAUCAAUUUGAUUCAAGACAACAAGAAAGAGGAGGACUUGUUUAUGGCAUCAAUUCCAGGAUCAGGAUCAAGCUCAAGUUCAGGGUUUCAAUCUCCAUUUGGUGAUACAACUUUUACUAAAGUGUUCGUUGGUGGGCUAGCUUGGGAGACUAAAAGUGAAACCAUGCGCCAAUAUUUUGAGCAAUUUGGUGAAAUUCUUGAAGCUGUUGUCAUCACUGAUAAGAACACUGGAAGAUCCAAGGGCUAUGGUUUUGUGACUUUUCGUGAUCCUGAAUCAGCUGGGAGAGCAUGUGUGGAUCCAGCUCCAGUAAUUGAUGGUAGACGGGCAAAUUGUAACUUAGCUUCACUUGGACGCCCUCGUCCUGCAUUGUCUUUUGGACAUAUCACAUCACCAAUGCCUUAUUCUGGAGGCAUGCAAGCUGUUCGUGUGCCGUCUAUUGGAGGUUAUGGCUAUCAGCAACCACUUGUUUACAACUACCGACAAGGAUUAGUAUAUCCUUCAUACCCGUAUGGAACUUAUGCUCCAGAAUACGUCUAUCCGCAGGGUGUUUACAACCCAUAUCCAGGUCAACAGUAUCUUCAGAUGUAUGGAGCAGCUAAUACAUCGGUAUAUCCUUACAAUCAAAUGGGUCAAAUUGUACCGGGUGGUCAAGGCUACACGGCUUUUCAGGGUUACACGUUACCUGGUCAUCAGAUUGUGCAAUUUGGACCCAAUGUGAAUGUAACAACUACCUCAUCUAUUAGGACAAUUCAAGCAGCAUAUCCAUCAGGUGUUGCGGCACCUGUUCAAGGACAGCAAUUUGUAAUUCCUGCUCCUUCACCACAAAUCAUGCAAGGAGGCGGUUCCGACCAAAGUGGAGGAUGAAUGUCUGAUUAAAAGGUAUCAUUAGAUUGCAGCAGGACUAAGAACGACAGUACUGCUACUUGAGUGGCGGGCUUCAAAUCUAGCCUUGCAAGUUAUUCGUUUUGCAUUCUAGAGGUCAUUUUUACCAGAGAAAAUCAUGGAUUGGGAAAUCCCAUGAUGCCAAUCGACACUUUUUGGCCCUCUCUCACUCUGCCAGUGACACUGAGGGCCAAACUAAUCGCCACCCGAAAGCUGGAAUAGGUUUCUGGCAUGCAUUUAAAUCCGCAUACACCAUUCUCGUUAAAUCAACAAAGCCCCGUCAAUUUGGAUAUGUGCAUAUACAUUGGCCAAAGUCUACGGUGCUAUGUAUUGGUGUCAUUUGUAUCAUUGUUCAAGUUUCAUUUUGUUUUCUAUUUGUAUUCAUCACAUGUAGAGCCUGAUUUUCAAAGGGUGAAAGGCCAGGUUCAUUAGUAAAAAAAGGAAGAGUGGAAUCCUGUUACCUGUGUGUGUGGCUGCAAUUUUGUUUUGGAUCUUUUACUUGUGACUCCUGAUUUUCAAUUGUUUA